GGAGCUGGCGAUGCCGCCGCUGGACGCGCACAACCUGGUGCUGGCGGUGGCUCUCUACUGCUUCUGCAUCUUCGUCAUCCUCGGCAACGUGCUGGUGAUCGUGGCGGUGGUGCGCGAGCGCGUGCUGCACACGGUGACCAACUACUUUGUUAUGUCGCUGGCCGUGUCGGACACCAUCGUCGGCGCGUUCGUGAUGACGUUCGGCGCCUCGCUGGUGGCCACCGACGGCUUCUGGAUGUUCGGCCCCGUCUGGUGCGACCUCUGGCACAGCUUCGACGUGCUCGGCUCGACGGCCAGCAUCCUGAACCUGUGCGUCAUCUCGCUGGACCGCUACUGGGCCAUCCGCGACCCGUUCACCUACCCCAACAAGAUGACGGAGCGGACGGCCUGCGCGCUCAUCGCGCUGGUCUGGGUGUGCUCCAGCCUCAUCUCCUUCCCGGCCAUCGCCUGGUGGCGCGCCGUCUCGAGCCCUUCCCCGGAGGGCACGUGCGUCUUCACCGACAACAUCGGCUACCUGGCCUUCUCGUCGGUGAUCUCGUUCUACGGUCCGCUCGCCAUGAUGCUGAUCGUCUACUUCCGCAUCUACCGGGCGGCCACCGAGCAGAUGCGCUGUCUGAAGCUGGGCUCCAAGCAGGUGAGCGUCAACGGGAGCGGCCACGGCCUGACCACGCUGAGGAUGCACCGCGGCGGCGGCAGCGGACGGCUCGACCAGACCUGCGUCGAGAACGACGACGACAGCGCCGCACUCGGCAGCAGCGACGGAGGAUUCGGUUCGUCGCGUGCCAACCUCUCCGCCAAGAACGUGAAAAACUUUUCCUUCAGCCGCAAGCUGGCGAAGUUCGCCAAGGAGCGGAAGGCGGCCAAGACGCUGGGGAUCGUGAUGGGAGUGUUUAUCGGCUGUUGGCUGCCGUUCUUUAUCGUGAACCUGCUGUCGGGUGUGUGCUAUGACUGCAUCUCGCAGCCGGACCUGGUGCUGGCCAUAGUGACAUGGCUCGGCUGGAUCAACUCGGCCAUGAACCCCGUCAUCUACGCCUGCUGGAGCAAGGACUUCCGGAGGUAA